ACUGCUGAUGAAAUGAGCGAAAGAGACGGACAGAGAGAAUAGAAGGAAAUUUUGGGACGCUUGGUUUAUUUGCUGAGCGGCUUGAUUUCGCUAGCUAAUCCCAGCCAGCCGCCGGAAUGCUGCCGUCCACGGGCCUCUUCAAGGGCUUCCUGUGCCCGUACUUCGACGGCCAGGAUGCGGCCACCUGCCGCCGUCCCUUUUGUCACUUCAAGCACGCCCGCAAAGAUGAUGUGGAGACGGCGGAACCUGCCGCCGUGCCCGAGUACAAGCCGGCGCCCAAGCUGCUCUCCCUGCCGCUGCCCCAGAUCGCGCUAAGUGCGCCCAGGAAGAAGUCGAAUCUGGAGUAUCACCCGGAGAAGCCGGCUCUGAAUGCCUCGCCGGCGAAGAAGAAGCAGGAGGCGGCGGUGGAUAGUGCACCCAAGUAUGUGCCCGGCCAGCCAUCGGCCACCAAUGGAAACCAGGAGGAGGACGACUGGCAGGCGGCUUUGGAUAAGGAGAUCGAUGAGCAAAUGCAGGUGGAGAUCGAGGAGCAGGUGCAGGAGCAAGCCAACCAUGACGAACAGGAGGUGGUGGUCAAGCAAGAGGAGCCGGAGGAACCGGAGGAGCAGCCAAAGAGUGUCAGGGAAAGCCAGAGAAAGGAGCACAAGUCCAGCAAGGAGCGGGAAAGGGAGAAGGAGAAGGUCAGGGAGCGGGACAAAGAAAAGAUCAAGGAGAGGGAGCGGGAAAAGGAUAAGGAAAAGUACAAAGACAGGGAGAAGGAUAAGAAGGACAAGCGAAAGUCAUCCCACGGCGACAAGGAACGCUCCAAGGAGCGGCACACCUCCAGCUCCAGUUCCUCCAGGCACAAGUCUUCCUCCAGCUCCAGCUCCUCCCACAAGAAGUCCUCCAGCAGCGACAAGCAUCGCGAUGAGAAGAGCUCCACCAGUAGCAGUAGUAGCAGGCACAAGAGCAGCAGUUCCUCGAAAAGUCAUCACCACAACUCCAGUUCCUCGAGUUCCUCACGCUCCAAGUCGAAGAGCAGCUCAUCUUCUAGUAAGAGCACUUCCAAAAGCGAACCGGAGGCGGAAAAGGAGACUGAAGCAGCUCCAGAAGCCCAAACCGAUCCCAUGGAAGAUCUGGAUGAACUGGACUUUGAUUUCGAGGCAGACACUUCCGAGGGAGAGAUUGUGCGACAGUGCGAGAUGAUCUUCGACGAGAUGGAGAAGAAGUUCGCCGAGAUGCACAAGGACGAAGGUGGCCAAACCAACGCGGAGAGCUCUCGCAAGCGCAAGGCUCCCUCCCCAGACAUUGACACCUUCACCGAGGCGGCGACGGCGGCUCUGCAGAAGCGGCGGGUGGCCCACGAGAACGCGGACAGGAUCAAGCCGCAUUUGGCUCCUUCGGUGGCGGUGCGCAAGCCCAAUCACAUCCGCAAUGCCAUGCAGGCGAUCUUCGAUCGGCGCGCGGAGCUGCGGCGCCAGGAGAAGCUGCAGGCCGAUGCCGCUGCCGAGCAGCUGCGUUUGGCCCAGGAGCGGGUGCGCCAAGCGCAGGAGGAGCUCCGUCAGGCCAAGGUCAACUCCAGCCUUACACCACUUAUUUCCCGCAGCGCUUUGACUCCACCAGUGCGUUCAGCUCGCAGCAUUGCUCCCGUGGCCAACAUAGUGGCCAUUGCCCGGGCCAAGAAGAAGAUCGAGGAGCUGCAGGCGGAGAAGAAGCCUGCCUUCACGCCGGCCCAAUCCUUCAAGGGCGCCGGCCGAGUGGCCCACAAGCCCACGGCUGCGCUGGACAAAGCUGCUCCGGCGGCCAACGACGCUAAUGCCGAGAAGCCGACCGUCCUGGACCCCAGUAGCUCCAAGAUAUCCUACAACGUGCGCAUCCAGUAUUACGAGAUGAUGGUGAAGCACUGCACCGUCAUCUAUCCGCAGUUGCCCGACGCUUGGGAGCGGGCCCAGGUGGAGGAGUUGGCCGUCUUCAAGAAGUGCAACACGCCUGCCAUCUACAAGAACAGCUGCAUGCUGGCGAUUAACAAGCUCCGCAAGGAGGCAAUCGAGGCGGGCAACAAGCCGAGCGUGGCCUGCAAGACGGUGUCGCAUGAGAUGAUGCUGGGUGGGAAGAGGGCGCUCACAACCUCAUGGAGUGUGGAGAAAAAGGAAAAACUUGGCUCCCUGGCCAAUGGCGAACCAUUCGAUGCUUUGGACGCCGAGAAAGCAUACGAAAUGGUCUUCGAUCUGCGCCUGACAGACGAACAGCUGGUGGAGAACGGCUAUCCGCGGCCGGGCGAGAAGCGCGGCACGGCGGUGAUUCGUGCCUGCCGUCCCAACCGUCGACCCAACCAGAGUGAACGCUACUGCUCCCGCUGCGGCAAGGUGUUCAGCCUGGACAUUUACGAGCACCAGGGCUUCGACAUGUGCAACUACCAUCCGAAGAGCACGGGCUACCGGCGGGGAUUCACGGACAAUCAGCACCGCUGCUGCCAACAGCCGGCGGGAACUCCCGGCUGCACCUACGGCAACUACCAUGUGAGCGACUACUACGAUCCGGACAAGCUUACCUGCUUCGUAAAGACGAUCGAGAGGGGUGAUGACCUAGUGCCCACCAAAAAAGACAUAUUCGCCUUGGAUUGCGAGAUGUGCUAUACAACUCAUGGAAUUGAAUUGACGCGCGUCACGGUGGUGGACAUAAAUGGACGCAGCGUUUACGAUGCUCUGGUCAAGCCGGCCAACCAGAUUGUGGACUAUAAUACCACCUACUCGGGCAUCACAGAGGCCAUGCUCUCGAAGGAAACGCGUAAUAUACGCGACGUUCAGGCCGUGCUGAUGUCCAUGUUUCAUGCCAAAACCGUGCUCGUGGGCCACAGUUUGGAAAGCGAUCUGAAGGCCCUGAAACUCAUCCAUGACGUUGUGGUGGACACCUCGGUGCUGUUUCCCCACAAGAUGGGUCCGCCCAAGAAGCGCGCUCUCAAGACGCUCUGCAUUGAAAAUCUGAAGCGAAUUAUACAGGAGAAUGAGGCCGGCCACGACAGUGCCGAAGAUGCCGAGGUCUGCAUUCAACUCAUCAAGUACUAUCUGCGCAACAAAAUCAGUUGAGCUACUAUCAUCCAACAUCAUCAGCAUUCAGUUCAAAAGCAUUACAUACAUCUGUUAAUAUGUAUACCAUGCCCAUCAAAAAAAUCAAAGCCUUAGCCCUUAAACUAACCAUAUUUUGUAAGAUAAAACUGUAUUUAUAAAUAAAUCACUAAGCUCUGACAGCGGGA